CCAACACGAGGAGACCGAUAAAUUCGACCGCUAUUGAAGCGCAACGACGUCAUCCGAUCGGUUGGACGAGAACAGCGCACCCAAGAUGGGCGGGGAUCUCUACGCCUUGGACUUCGACGGCGUUCUCUGCGACAGCUGCGGCGAGAGCUCCGCCUCCGCCCUCAAGGCUGCUAAGAUUAGAUGGCCUUGGGUCUUCAAGCAGGUCGACUCCUCCAUGGAAUCGUGGAUCAUCGACCAAAUGCACAUCCUCCGCCCGGUGGUCGAAACAGGUUACGAGAAUCUAUUGCUUGUUAGGUUAUUGGUGGAGCUUAAGGCACCUUCCGCGAGGAAAUCAUCGGUUGCAGAUGGAUUAACCGUUGAGGCUAUAUUGGAGAACUGGAUGAAAUUGAAGCCUGUCAUUAUGGAGGAGUGGGGAGAAGAGAGAGAUUCUUUGGUUGACCUCUUUGGAAGAGUGAGGGAUGAGUGGAUGGAGAAUGAUCUCUCUGGUUGGAUUGGUGCUAACAGAUUCUACCCAGGUGUAGCGGAUGCUUUGAGAUUUGCAAGCUCCCAACUCUAUAUUGUCACAACAAAACAGGCCAGAUUUGCUGAUGCAUUAUUGCGUGAAUUGGCUGGAAUAACUAUACCUGCUGAGCGAAUUUAUGGUCUCGGGACUGGGCCAAAAGUAAAAGUCCUACAGCAGCUCCAAGCCAUGCCACAGCAUGAAGGUCUUUCUCUUCACUUUGUCGAGGAUCGAGUUGCAACUCUGAAAAAUGUCAUCAAAGAGCCUGCAUUAGAUGGAUGGAACUUAUACCUUGGCAGAUGGGGUUAUAAUACAGAGAGAGAAAGGGAGGAAGCAGAGAGCAUUCCCAGAAUUCAGCUGCUGGAUCUCUCAGAUUUCAGCAAGAAGCUUAAAUAACGUACGUUUGCUUUCGUCCUCAACAGAUUGAUGACAAUACAAGUCUCUGCAUGUCGAGCUUCCUUCAAUUGAUAUUUAUGAUGAAAUCAAUUUUUAGAUUGCCAAUAGUUACUUAUGGAAACUGUUACUUGCAAAAUUCCAAUAAAUUCAAAUGAAUAUUCAUUUGCAGUAA